CAUCACCAAGCAACAAAGCAUCAACACUACAAUCAAGAUAUCUACUCAUCUAUAUCAUCUUCAAUUUUAACCACUCCAAUCAAUCCAACAACCACCAUUCUAAUAUUAAAAAUGCCUUUCACCAUCGCUGCCUUCGUUACUCGCAAGCCUGAGAUCAGCCCUGCUGACUUCGAGGCCGCCUACGAGUCCACCCACAUCCCCGCCCUCAAGGAGGCCGUUGGCGAUGCCUACCCCCAGACCGUCGCCCGCUACUACGUCAGGCGCGCCAAAUCCGACCCCCAGGGCCUCACUCCUCUCUCCUUCACCGGCUCUGAGGAGACCUUCGGAUACGAUCUCGUGUCCCACCUCACUUUCGCGGACGAGCCUGCUGCCCUCGAGUUCCAGAAGAAGUACGCCGAGGCCAAGGAGUCGCUUGCAGCCAACGUCGCUGGGUUCGCGCAGUUGGAGAACUUCAGGGUCAUUGCUUUCAAGGAUGCUAUCACCAACUAAGUUGGAGGAGGAAGAGUGAUGGGUUGGGUCUAUUACGACGGGACUUUAUAAGUACAUACUUG